ACAGUUCAUGUUCCAAUGGCUCUCCCGGCGACGAUCUGCGUCUCCACCGUCUGACUGGAUACGUUCACUGUACCUGGUCUAUAGCCCUCAUGCAAGGCAUCCGAUGGCAGGGCCCAUCUGGCGACGUCAUUCAUUUGAUCAUGGACCCAGCCAGGGACACCAAAACCAAGGAGUCGAUGAUCGAAUUGAUUCCACGAUUCUAUUUCACUGGUACCCGUGCUGGAUGGUUUAUUAAUUGUCUAGUCAACGUUAUUUCUGUACAGUUUCUUUCCUAAUACUAUAAAGUAUUACCUUAAAACUCCGCCAAUUCAGCAAAGCCGGACAGCCGACGGAAAGUCGAUAACCGAUGACGCUUGGAUAAUAAUAUACUUUUCUAUACUGUCUCCGGAAUCCCUAUCUAUGGCUAUGGACUCAUCUAAGGACCCAGUCGAAACCACCUCAAACGGAUCAGUCGGAACCGAGAGCUAUCUGGACAUAGUGAAGCGUCAAGCCAGGAACCUCACCAACGGAGAAACUAUCGAAGACCUUCAACAGAAUAUCAGCUCGCUCGCAGAUGAGUCCGUUGCCCGGUUCAAACAAUCCGUAGGCACCAGUGACCCAGGAGAAAUGGUCAAGCAGCUCGGAGAAAAAAUCCACUCCGCUGCAGUCGGGUCAAUGGAAACCAUUGAGAAAGAAACAGGUAUCUACUCUGAGGACCAUGAACGUAUUGAUAAACUAGAGGAUGAGAAAGUCGAGGAUUUUCUUAAAGAGAAUCAUAAGAGCACCAGUGGAGUAAACCAUAAGAAAUGAGUUGAUUAGUAUGGAUCUUUCUCCAUAAAAUCGCCAGUUUCGCUUCGAGACACAUCGGAUAUGAAGGAAUCUCAGUCAAUAAGCAUCAAAUAUCAGUUUUCAUCAAAACCACGACCCAGGAAAUACUGGUUCCCUUGAAGGAAUUCUCAAUUACAUCAUGGCCUUAAAUCCCUUGUCCCAGCUCUGCUCUAAUCCUA